AUGAAGCCUUCCCAGCCAUACGCGGCUCCCUCUGCGCCUCCUCCCCCGUCUCAAGCACAACCUCAGGCGCAAAACUUCUCUUCGGCCAACUAUGGCAACACCGAGCAACAGCAACAAGCGGCGUACGAUACUGCGCCCUUCUCGCAGGCGGACGAAAAGACCGGACCUCGCUUUGCGCCUAGGAAGCGGAUCAACGAUAUCAUCCCGCUUGUGCUCUUCAUUGCGGCCAUUGCUGGCUUUGCGGUGCUGAGUGGGAUCGCCAUCAAGACGUUUGUGUCGGUCAAUGGGCUGGGUGGGGCGGUUGGAGGUGGUCGGGGUAGAACGGGGACGGCUGUGACGCUGGACUACCACACCCUCUACCUCUUCCUCAUCACAUGCGGUAUUGGAUUUGUCAUUGCUCUGCUCUACUUGGCUCUCGUCCGGACAUUCACCAAGAUCAUCCUUGAGAUCUCGCUCGCUUUGACUGUUCUGCUGAACAUCGCCAUCUGCAUCUCUAAAGCUGACACCGCAGAUUGGUCCGGCGCUGUCAUCUUCCUCGUCAUCGCCCUCAUCUCGGUAGUCUAUUACUGGGCCAUGCGCAAGCGCAUCCCCCUUGCGCGUCUCCUCCUCCAGACCACCAUCGACAUCACCAAGCACCACCCCGUCGUGUACCUCAUCGUCAUCCUCGGCCUCAUCCUCCAAACCGCCGUCAAUGUCUGGUACGCAUUCACCGCUAUCGCAAUCUACGUCAAGUGGACGCCGGGAUCUCCAGGCUGCGACGGCACCUGCUCCUCUGGUAAAGUCGCGGGUCUGAUCUUUUAUGCUACGUUUGCGUUCUUGUGGUUGUCCCAGGUCAUUGCGAAUGUCAUCCUUUGUACUCUUGCAGGAGGGAUUUAUGGCGGAUGGUAUUACUACGGCCCACGAGCAGCGAACGGCCAAGGACUCCCUAAGCGCGCAUCUCUCAAGUCCUUUAUCCGCUCGACAACCCUUUCACUCGGCUCGAUCGCGUUUGGAAGUCUGAUUGUGACGAUUUUGGAGCUGCUUAGAUUGAUUGUUCAGGCGAUCAACCAGUAUGAGAGCGGUCAGGGAGAUAUGAUUGGGCAGAUCGUCUCGUGCUGCGCGCUCUGCUGUAUCAGCUGCAUCUCCGGUCUCGUCCAAUUCUUCAACAAAUCUACGGAGGUGUUCAAGCUGACUCUCCAGAUUCCCGCUGCCAAGGAUACAUGGAGGCUCAUGUGCGACCGCGGAGUCGAUGCGCUCGUUAACGACUCGCUUGUCGGAUCCGUGCUCAUGUGGGGUUCGUACCUGAAUGGGUUCCUCUGCGCACUGUUUGCGUAUCUCUACCUCCGAUUCACGGACCCGGCAUACAACUCUGGUGGACAGUACUCUGCGCCUAUCAUCCUGUACUCUUUCCUUAUCGGUAUCAACAUGGGCUCCACUCUCGGUGCUGCCAUCGACGCCGGAGUCUCCACCAUCUUUGUUGGGCUCGGGGAGGACCCACACGUCCUCGCUGAGCGAUCUCCGGGGCUGUAUCAGAUGAUUGAGCAGGCGUACCCAAAAGUAGUCCAGGGAGUGCCACAUAGGAACUAG